UAAACUUUACACAAUGCAGUCAGGCAAGUACCGUUCUCCUGGCACCUGCCAAACCCAGACACAUCUGUCGGAUUGCCGGACAGAGAAGCGUGAUUCAUUCAUCAUUCCAGAGAACUCAUCUCCACUGCUCGAGUCCAGUGGCUUUGCAUUGCACUUGAGUUGCUGUUGUUCCCAGUUGCUUCCACUUUGUUAUAAUACCACUAACUGUUGACCGCAGGAUAUUUAGUAGCAAAGAAAUUUCAUGAAUGGACUUAUUGCACAGGUGGCAACCUAUCACGGUACCACAGUUGAAUUCACUGAGCUCCUGAGAGCGACCAAUUCUUUCACAAAUGUUUGUAGAAGCAAUCUACAUGCCUAG